AAGGGUUUUUGGGAAAUGGAGGCCAGGAAGCUUUUAAAAGACAAGAAAUUCUGGAUUGCAUCAUUCCUGAUUGGAUGGGCUGCUGCUCUUCAGGGGCACAUGAUGUGGCUGCAGAGACAAGACUCCUUCAAGGAGAAGUUUGGGGAUCUCAGUGAAGCCAAUACCAAUGAUGCUGAUAAUUAGCUUCUAAGCUUUGAGCCAUUACCAUCAGAAUUGUAUGUAAACAAUUCCCAAGUUCUGUUCUUUUCAAUCUGUGUGAUUUGUUUCUGAGUUGCAUUGUGUAAUUGGGAGGGAGUAGUCUGAUUUUAGUUGUGAAGUUUUAGUUUGUGGAGGUAUCCACUGUGAUGUAGAAAUAAAAGUUGUGGGUGUAUAAACUAUAAAGGGAAACAAAGCUGCAUAUUGACAGGAAAAUUGUGCCUGCUGCAACUUUUGCAAAACUGAUGAUGGAUUCUGUUACUAUAGUGAUAGUAUUUGUGUACUUUAGUGUUACUGCUUGGCACUAUUUUGAAUUU